AUGCAGUCAGGGAACAGUGACGACGGAACGGCAUGGCACUCGCCUGAGCGCCUCCGUCGGAAGUGGCGUGCCGGCACGUAUGCAUACACGCAUGGGAAUAUACCCGUCGCGAGUCAUGCGAAGAAUGAGAAGAUCGACAAAUGCGGUCAGCCCAAUCUGGUUGGUCUGGCAUCUGCGAGGAAGAGCGGAUGCCAACAAGAGCACGUUCGGGACCCCCUAUGA